AAGUUCACAAAGCCGGUGGUGAUAAAUAACUGAUGGGAAAGCAAAGUCUUUAUCUCCUUUGAGUACUUCAGACCCAAAACAUUUACCUCUCUCAUCUCAACCCUCAACUACUUCACCACUUCCACUCAAAUACCACAAUUUUUGUUUGCCUCAAGAACCUGCUCACAUCAUGGACUUCGAGUUCAGGGCUAGUUUUCAUUCUGUCAAACACCUCUCUGCUGUGCAAGCUGCUAGACUUCACUCUGAUAACUAUUCAGUGAUCCAUUACACGGAUGUGGAUAAUGACGGCCUGUGCAAUUUCCGAUGUCCUUUUUGUGAUUUUGAAAUUGAAGUUCCUCUACUCUGCACCAAUUUGGAAGAGGAUCAUUGCUAUGCCCUAAAAAAUGUGGUUUGUCCCGUGUGUGAAGAAAAUUUAGGGAAGGAUUCAAUCGUGCAAUUUACACAUUCAAACUCUCGAAAGUGGGCGUGGAAGCCUGAGAAAUCUAGCAUCUGGUCUGGUAACGCAGCAAUGCUAGGUAAGAAGCUGGCUACCAGGGGGAACAAACAAGAAUCAAUAACUGAUCCACUUUUGACACCAUUCAUCUGCAACCCUGUUCCAAACUUAAACAAUCUCCAUCCAGAUGAAAACUCCAGCUCCAGCAGCAAGGAUAUAAAUAUUCCUGAUGCAAAAGGGUCUGGCAAAGAUGAACCAGAUGUAGGUGAUGAGCAGGAUCAGGAAGAGAAAAGGCUGAGGGCAGCUUUUGUUCAGCAGUUGUUAUUCUCAACUAUAUUGGAGUAAAUGUGUUACCAGAAUUUACGGUCACACACAGCAUGGUUUGGUAGCAGCUCCUUUUCAGAUUGCCUCAUGCUGAUUCAACAGGCACUGAGUUUUAUUGUGCUGUAUGGGUGUAGGGGAUGUGAAGUAGUCUAAGCCAUAGUUAUAUGUAUUUAACUAUAUUUCAUAUCUUUCAAUUGAAGUUUGCCGUUUGGUAUACUAUAUAAAAAUUCGUCAAUCUGCUUUAUCUUUACCUUA